GUGACUUAGGUAGCAUUAAGAUGAAGAUUCCUCCGUUUCAAGGCAAAAAUGAUCCAGAUGUGUAUUUGGAGUGGCAAAAGAAGGUGGAAUUGGUGUUUGAUUGCCAUAUCUAUUCUGAGGAGAAAAAGGUGAAACUAGCAGCGGUGGAAUUUACUAAUUACAUUGUGGUGUGGUGGGAUCAGCUUAUGCUUAGUCAACAUAGAAAUCGAGAGUGUCCUGUUGACACUUGGGAAGAGAUGAAAGCUGGCUUUACUCAAGGGUCCAAAAACGUUGAGGAUUAUCACAAAGAUAUGGAAAUCGCAAUGGUUAAAGCGAAUGUGGAAAAGGACAAAGAAGCAACUAUGGCACGGUUUCUACAUGGCUUAAAUCGUGAUAUAGGUAAUGUGGUGGAGCUGCAACAUUAUGUGGAAUUAGAAGAUAUGGUGCAUAUGGCAAUGAAAGUAGAACGACAACUUAAACGUAAAGGAGCCACCACCAGAACUGGGCAAAAUUCAAGUUCCUCAUCUUCUUGGAAACUGAAUUGGACCAAAAAGGAAGAAAAUUCUACUUUUAAGCCUAAAACUGCAACGUCUAAGGCAAAAGAAUUUGGCAACAAUGAGAAGAGUAAAACAGAUAAAAUGCAAGGUAGAACUCGAGACAUCAAGUGUUUUCGAUGCUUGGGAAAGGGGCAUGUUGCAUCGCAAUGUCCUAAUAAGCAAACAAUGAUCUUGAGAGAAGAUGGAGAAAUUGAAACCGAUGGUGAAUCUGAUGAUGAAUCUAUGCCACCAUUAGAAGAUGCUAUUGAUGGUGUGGAAUAUGCCGUUGAUGGAGAACUACUCGUCACCCGACAAGCUUUGAAUGUGCAAGCCAAAGAAGAUGAUGAAGUAUAAUGUAAUAAUAUAUUUCACAUGAGGUG